AGCGUUAACCAACUUUUAUCAGUAUUUCAAUACCGAUAAUGGGGAUUAAAAGGCCACAAGUGUAUUGACAGUCAGUUAUAACUGAAUUGAAGACUGGCAAAGAAGUAACUCACGAAAAAAUAAUCAAUCAGAAAAUUUUAAAAUGUGCAAAGCUUGUUGGGAGGUAAUCAAAUGUCCUGGAAAGGUUCUAUGCUGCUGUUGCGAAUGUGCAUGUAAUAUGUUAAUGGGUUUCAUUUGUUCCGGUAUAGUUCUGCUGAUUGUCAUUGGAUUAAUUGUUUACUUCACCGUCUUCUACCAUAAGGAUAACGGCAGUUCCGACCAGGCCAAACAAAUGACUGAGAAACUAAUCGAACAAGCUCCUCAGAACUUCAGAGAUUUCUUCAAGCCAAUAAAUUAGUAGUCUUUCCGGAAAAAAGAACAAAACAUUUGUGUUUUUAAAAUGUACACACAAUUCGACAAAUAUACAAACAAAACAGUAUGUUUUGCCUGCAAUCAUGCUCCAUA